AUGGACGAUACUGCCCUCAUGAACGCCCUGUCAGUCUACCAGGAGGGCGAAUGGAAGAGGUUGCUAGCACUGCGACAGUCCGUUAAAGCCUCCUUGACGGCGUGGUCGAGGCUGAGUCCGACCUACUUGGACUUCCUCAUGGCUUGUGAUGCAGACCCCACCGGCGCAGACAGAUGCUUAAAGUCAGCACAAUUUGACCUUCAGUCUGUGCCUCCCACCUUACUGGAUUACCUGACUGACCAAAGUGUG